AUGCAAUCAAGUCCAACAUCCAGCCCGGGGUCAAGACCACCAGGGCCGCCAUUGGUAGACAACGAAUACUUCAACCUGCCAGCGCUGGCAAGCAGAGAAGGUAGUCUUAGUCCACCAUAUGCACCAAACUCUCCAUCUCCAGACAUCCCAGAUGACUUUUCAAAAUAUUGGAGGGACCAUGUCCAAGAGAUUCCCUUCUUACCAGACCCGCGACCCCGAGUACUUACACCCCUUGGGUUUCGCGACGAUGAGCCAGCCAACGGCCCUUUGGCGCUGUGUCAAUCAUCCUCAUGGCUCAAAGUUCCUCCCAACAUUAGGCGCGAUAUUUUACGCUUGGCAUUUGGAGACCGACGUCUUCAUAUUGGCUUAACCUAUUGGUCUCGUGAUCGCGAGUCAAAAGAUACCCAGACAACAGCGGAGUGGGACUGGUCUGGCCGUAUUAGCAAUCGACCCGAGUUGCUAGGUCAGCUUCCAGCCUGUGUGGCCAGUGACCCAAACGACUGCAAAGCCACCAAGGGAUAG